CUACACGUUGACUGCCUGCUGAUUGCUGCAGCUCGGCUCCGACAGCGCGUCGUGGUUCAGUUGCGCGUGGACGCACCACGGAUAUGGACAAGAAUUCCAGCUUUGCCGUUUAAAUGCCGCAAAGUACGUGUUCUUCAGCACAGUGCGCUCGAAAUUGUUUUUCAGCUUCAAAGUGAAAACAACAAAUAUUUUAAUGCGGUGCUAAUAAAAUAGUUAGCUAAUAACGGCACAUUUAACAAACGCAUAUAUAAGGCAAUUGUAGCAUUGUAAAAAAAGGAAAAGGAAAUAAAUGUUACAUAUCCUCGCUUUAAUGCUUUAAAAUAUCGCAUGCGAUAUAUAGAGCUAUAAAGUCACUUGAACAGCAGUAAAAUUAUCAAACGGCGUCAUCACAAGCGCGUCAGCAGCAUGUCAAAGAAGCUCUUCAUACUCGUUCUAACCGUGGCGCUGGUGGUGACAAUAUUUGUUGACAGUGUCAGUAGCUCCGCAGUGUUAAUCUCGGACAAUGCCAUGUCAGUUAUGGUGGAGCUUUCAUCACGGCAUCCAUUUUGUAAAAUGCAUACUGAUCGUGGUGAUAUUCAACGCAUGCUGCUGCAAUCGGAUCCCAGGCGCAUACGACAAGUACCGCGUGAAUCGGUUAUGGAGCUCGAGGAGGUUUGCUUAAAAUCUGGCUCGUAUGGUCGCGAGUUUCGUGGUGGUUUGGGUUUUAUCUAUCCCGGCACAAAAUGGUGUGGACCAGGCACCACUGCAGACGAUUACAAUGAUUUGGGUCCGCAUAUCGGCGAAGAUCGCUGCUGUCGCGAACACGAUCACUGUCCGAAUGUGUUGAAUGUGGGCGAGUGUCGACGCGGUCUCUGCAAUACCGGCACUUUUACGCGUUCGCAUUGCGAUUGUGAUGCGCGUCUGCGCAAAUGUUUGCAAUCACUCAAUACAGAAACGGCUAACACGCUCGGCGCCAUCUUCUACAAUGUGGUACAGGUGACUUGCUUCCAAGAGCGUAGUCCGUGCUCGGCACAUCAAAGGUUCGAAGAUUUUUUUUACCGUACAAAUCGUUGUGAUAUUACAUUCCGCCAGGCGGAUCUAUAUGUGCCGCCCAAUGCGGGCAAUGUUAUAGAGAAAAUUCUGUCACACCCCUAUGGAUUGUCACUAAAGCCAUACGCUUAUCAGGAACCAACGCACGGUAAUGAAUAUUACAGCCGAUCGCUGCGCUCUGACAGCGGUCCGUCUGUAAGGCAGAAUUUCAAUUCGCUUACCAAACGUUUGGGUGUAAAAGUCGCCUCGGUGGGCUUGGCUGCGGUGAAUAUUUUCCGCGAGAUCGUGCAGCGUCCUCGUGUGCUGUGGGACACUUUCAAUUCUCGUGUUAGUUCCGAACUGCCCACAGGAAAUACUAAUGGACGCUCUGCAGCGGGACCUGGUUAUUACUAUGAGCGGCCAAAUCAUGGUUCCAGCUAUUAUUAUAAUCAAAGAAAUAAUAUGCCUCCAAAUAAUUUUUGGGAUAAUUGAAGAGACUCUGAAAGACUGACUUAAGUUGCGAUAUUUUCGUUUCUUUAUUUAUUUGCGGAAAAUCAUAAUUAUAAUUUACAAUUAAAUAUUUUUCAUUUAAGGCAUUUUACAUUCUUAGUUUUAUAUGAUAUCAGUAUUAAUAAAUUUAAUUUGUUAAACUUGUUUCAACACUUUUUUUUAUAUCUAAAUUUA